AUGAGUUUCGAUACCUACAGUAUAUGCGAGGACGUGCCUGGAGCAUUGCCGCGAACGCAUCCCACAAUUGUUGCGACAAUCACGUCGCCGGCCAGCCCUACCUCUACGAUAAGGCCAACCACAGUUGUCGCAACAGAGCCAGAGACCACGGCAACUAGUCCGACUACACACCUAACUUCAACAAAAUCAGUCCACACCUCCACGACACUAACGACAUUUCAGAGCCCCACACCAACCACGCAGAGUACACAAGAUCCUAGUACAGAGACCGACAAACCCACAUCGACGGAGAGUGACUCCUCACCUAGCGCAACAUCCAGCGAAGAUCCAGCCGAGCCGGGACAAGGCAGCAAACUCAACUCUGGCGCGGUUAUCGGCGUCUCCGUUGCUUCUGGUAUCGCGGGCUUUUUCAUUCUCGGUGUCAUAAUCUUCUUUUGUUGCAGAAAAGCCAGGCGCAAGGCACAAGAUCGAGAGUUCUUUGAGAUUGGAGGGCACAUGACAGAGCCUCCGGAUUUCAGCUUUCCUCCGAAACGACCCCCAAUGGGGCCUCGACCCUCGCCUGCAAAGGUUUUCGGUCCUGACUCCGAGAGCAUCAGGCUUGUAUCGCCGGAAGAGGCAGAAUAUCAACACCCGUCUCAAUAUCCAGCAGUCGUCAUCACCCGACCAGAUGAGGACUAUAACUACGGCCGUAUGUCUGAGAACAACACAGGCCGGGUGGGCUUUCAAUCUUCUUCCAACCUCGAUUUCGAUGCAGAGUCUACGGCCUCGUCGAGGACGGUUUCUGAUUUGCUUCCGGACAAGCCAACAUACGAGCUCUACCCGCGACCCUUAAGGUGGAGUCAACACAAGAAGUUCAGAUCAUCCAGCGGCGCAACACUAUUCGAAGAGCACUCGAGGGGGCCAAGGCCCCUCCCUCACCCCCCAGUCCAGCAAUCUAGCUUCACACCCACGAAUACGCGGGGGCAGAAUAGUCAUCCGUUGGCAGGUCUACCUGCGAACCCACGUGCAAUGAUGUAUGGGUUUGCAGGCCCAGGUCAAACCCCUCCGAUGAGGGGAUUGAAGCAUGAAAAGAGACCUAUUGGCUCAAAUUCCAAAGAGAAAGCCCUGCCCGCUGUCAAAGGGGCCUCCCCAUACCCGUCCGGUCAUAGUCCGAUAGAUUAUGACGACGACCUUGACAAUUACUGGAAAAACUCCGACGCUGGUUUCGUCGGAGCGAAAGUUAUCCAACCGCAACCCCAGCCUCAUUCCUACAGUAUACCUCGCGGCACCGGGACGAAUCGGAACUCAGUCGGUGAUUAUCUCGGGUAUGAGUUCGAGUUCGGGUUUGGCGAAAGCAGCUCCAGCUCAGGGUCCCGUCGAGCAUCACGGUACUCUGGGGGUUUUCGUCCACUUACACCUGUCACGGAAAUAAGAACACCGAUGGGUGAAUUGCAGAACCCCAUGGGCGAGAGCUCAAAUCACCAGCGUGGGACCUCGAAAACCCCAUCUGUUACCUCAAAGACGGCAAGAAAUUUACCAACUUCAGGGACAUCAGGCACAGGCCCAGGAGGCCCACCUCAUCCACCGCAGCCCCCACAAGAGAUCGUGUCUCGCCCCCGGAUCGUCCGACAAGAUGACAUCAAGCGCGUGCAAAUACAUCGCGGCAAACCGUUGCCACCACCGAAGGACAGCGAGGUGACUGUUCCCUAUGGUCCCGACGACUUUUGGUAUGAACCGGGAGCCGAGCCCUCCUCUUCCUCUGCAUACCGUCUACCCGUGCCUAAAAAUGCCGUCGAGUACAGGCAUCUCUCAAAAGGGAUGUUAGGAGGAAUGCCGAAGAAGAAGCCGUCACCUCUCGAGCGGAAUCUGACGCCAUCGCGGAGAGGCGCAGACUUGAUCCUUCAGGUGGAGUGA